AGUGUAACUAUAUUUACUGGUGUGAUGGCUAUAACAGAUUCCAUAACGCAAUCAAACGGAGCUAUGUACUGUAGCUGUGUGAUAGGUUAUGACCAAUACUGUACCACAAACAUGGAUAUAUUCAGAUGUGACCAUGAAGACAAAUAUGAUAUAACAGAAUAUAUUGUUAAACAAGCCCAAUUACCACAUGUUGAUAGACCAAUAACUGGCAGACGUAGAAGAGCUUUACCAGACACAACAACUACCUUAGUCCCAGAGAUUGGAACCAACAUGACAUUAACAGAGGAAGAAGCUGAAGAAAUAUGUAAUGAAUAUCUAAGCAACAGUACAGCUGUGUCAUCAUGUGAAAAUAUUACCCAAAUCACUAACUAUACCCAGAAUAUUGUUAACUGUAUCUAUGAUCUACACGCAACUGGUGAUGAAGGCUUUGCUACGUCACAUAUAGAUGAUAUUGUAAACCAGUGUGUGGCUGUAGCUAAAGCUGAUGCGGACCAAUAUACCAGGCCUAACCUGAAUGAAACUACACCAACACAGAAAAUACUAACUACUUUAUGUCCUGAAAAAUGUGGACAAAAUGGCCAUUGCGAAGCGGGAGUUUGUGUUUGUGAUGAUGGGUUCACUGGUGCAAUGUGUGAAGUGGGAAAAUCUACCAAACCAGAAAUUAUUCCAAUAUCUCCAGACAACGAACCAUGUGAUAUAAAUACUAGGAACUGUUCUGAAGUUGAUAUAAUGGGAAUUAACUUUGUGGAAUCUGCUGAUUUGUCUUGUCAUUAUCAGCCAGUCGUGGUCACAGAUAAAAUUGAAGUACGGGGUGCAUCUUCUACAAUGAAAGCUAAUUUUAUUAGUACAUACCAGAUUGGGUGUCCUUUACCUUACCCAGCAUCUAGUGCUUAUAUAGGUAUAAGUAAUGAUGGUCAUACAGUUAGUGAUGUUCGUUAUCUACAUCUAGUACAUGAUUCCAAGUGUUUUGAGUGUUUUAUUGAGGAUGUACAAAACGCCCACUGUAAUCGCAAGAAAGAGAUUUGUUAUAUUGAUGGAGUAUGUCAAGCAGCUGGACAACUUAAUCCUACACAAAAAUGUCAGAUAUGUGAUCCCGGUAAAUCUCAACUGCUGUGGUCCUCUAAUACAGUUUCAUUGUUUCUUCCAUAG